UCCUCAAGAAAAUGCCCUCUGUCCGGGACAGCCUGAAGGAGCGGGGAGUGGACACGGCCAGGCUCAGUGCCAGUGGGGGCCGGGUGACCAAGAAGCUCUCCUCUAGCAAUCAUACCAUACCUGUGGUCCUCACCAACUACCUGGACAUCCAGUACUAUGGAGAGAUCGGCAUCGGUACCCCACCCCAGACCUUCAAAGUCAUCUUUGACACGGGUUCAGCCAACCUCUGGGUCCCCUCUACCAAGUGCAGCCCUCUCUACACUGCCUGUGAGACGCACAGCCGCUACGACUCGGCGGAGUCCUCCAGCUACAUGGAGAAUGGGACGGGAUUCACCAUCCACUACGGCACAGGGGAGGUCAAAGGCUUCCUUAGCCAGGACACCGUGACCGUAAGUGGGCGGGGGGUCACGGUGACGCAGAUGUUCGGAGAGGUCACGGAGCUGCUGAUACCCUUCAUGCUGGCCAAGUUCGAUGGGAUCCUGGGCCUGGGCUUCCCUGAGCAGGCUGUCGGUGGCAUCACCCCCGUCUUCGAUCACAUCCUCUCCCAGAGGAUCCGAGAGGACGUGUUCUCUGUCUACUACAGCAGGGAUUCCCACCUGCCUGGAGGAGAGCUGGUGCUGGGCGGCAGUGACCCCCAGCACUACCAAGGGAAUUUCCACUAUGUGAGCAUCAGCAAGACAGGCUCCUGGGAGAUCGCAAUGAAGGGGGUGUCCGUGGGAUCGACGACCUUGCUGUGUGAGGAGGGCUGUAUGGCAGUGGUGGACACAGGCGCCUCCUACAUCUCGGGCCCCACCGACUCCCUGAGGCUGAUCAUGGAGGCGCUGGGGGCCCAGGAGGAGAGUGGAGAUGAAUAUGUUGUGAACUGCAACGAGGUGCCCACACUCCCCGACAUCUCCUUCCACCUGGGGGGCAGAGCCUACACGCUCACCAGCGGGGACUACGUGCUGCAGGACUCCUACGGUAACAAUGACCUGUGCACAUUGGCCCUCCACGGCCUGGACAUCCCACCACCCACUGGGCCUCUCUGGGUCUUGGGCGCCAGCUUCAUCCGCAAGUUCUACACCGAGUUUGACCGGCAUAACAAUCGCAUUGGCUUCGCCUUGGCCCGCUGAGGCCCUCUGCUGCCUGCUGACCUUGUCUUCAGUACAAGCAGGAAGCGGCCACAUUUGCUAGGAGGCCCCUCUGCCUAGGCUGGGCUCUCACGGGAGGACACUGCUAGCCCCGCCCCCUGUACCAGCCCCUGCCUGCUGUAAGGACACACAGAAUAAAGACUUCGUGUUCAUAA